CCCCACACCGGAGGCCCAGAUACUCCUCCGGCAAGUUACUUCCGUUCAGUUCGUCAUAUGAGUUUGGGCCGCUGGAGUUUCAGAAUUAGGGUUUGUUUUCUAAGAGAAUCUUGAGAUAUCGGCCGGAAAUCGACGCGGGAGAUCCAAUGGCGAGCGUGUAUAUUCCGGUGCAGAACUCCGAAGAGGAGGUUAGGGUCGUCCUCGACCAGCUCCCCAGAGACGCCUCAGAUAUACUCGACAUUCUCAAGGCCGAACAAGCACCCCUCGAUCUCUGGCUCAUCAUCGCGAGGGAGUACUUCAAGCAAGGCAAAAUUGAGCAAUUCCGCCAAAUUCUGGAGGAAGGAUCUAGUCCUGAAAUCGAUGAAUAUUACGCGGAUGUGAGAUACGAGAGGAUUGCCAUCCUAAAUGCUUUAGGGGCUUAUUAUAGUUACCUUGGAAAAAUCGAGACAAAACAAAGAGAAAAGGAAGAGCAUUUUAUCAUGGCAACACAGUACUACAACAAAGCAUCAAGAAUUGACAUGCAUGAACCUUCUACUUGGGUCGGAAAAGGUCAGCUUUUACUGGCUAAGGGUGACAUAGAACAGGCAUUUAAUGCAUUCAAGAUUGUGUUGGAUGGCGAUCGCGAUAAUGUUUCUGCACUUCUUGGUCAGGCAUGUGUUCAAUUUAACCGAGGUCGAUAUUCCGAUUCACUGGAGUUGUACAAGAGGGCCUUGCAAGUCUAUCCACAAUGUCCCGGAGCUGUAAGACUUGGCAUCGGUCUCUGUCGUUACAAGUUGGGUCAAUUUGAGAAGGCAAAGCAAGCCUUUCACCGAGUUUUGCAGCUAGACCCAGAAAAUGUUGAAGCUCUUGUGGCACUUGGAAUUUUGGAUUUGCAUACAAACGAAGCUGGUGAUAUUAGGAGAGGAAUGGAAAAUAUGCAAAGAGCUUUCGAGAUUUACCCUUACUGUGCAAUGUCACUGAAUUAUCUGGCGAACCACUUCUUCUUCACUGGUCAACAUUUUCUAGUUGAGCAACUAACCGAAACUACACUUGCAAUAACUAAUCAUGGGCCAACCAAGUCACAUUCGUACUACAAUUUGGCUCGGUCGUACCAUAGCAAGGGGGACUAUGAAAAAGCGGGACUCUACUACAUGGCAUCUGUAAAGGAAAGCAAUAAGCCUCAGGAGUUUGUAUUACCUUAUUAUGGUUUGGGACAAGUGCAAUUGAAACUGGGAGAUUUUAAAAGUUCUCUUGGGAACUUUGAAAAGGUCUUGGAGGUUUACCCUGAUAACUGUGAGACAUUGAAAGCUCUUGGGUACAUUUACAUUCAACUUGGGCAAACUGAGAAGGCCCACGAGUUCCUCAAGAAAGCUACUAAGAUUGAUCCACGUGAUCCACAGGCAUUUCUGGAUCUUGGAGAAUUGCUGAUUUCAACUGAUGCAGGUGCAGCUUUAGAAGCCUUCAAAACAGCCCGUGGUCUUUUGGAAAAGGGGCGUGAAGAAGUACCAGUAGAGUUGCUCAACAAUAUUGGAGUCCUACAAUUUGAAAGAGGAGAUUUUGAGCUGGCUGAACAAACUUACCGGGAGGCUCUAGGUGAUGGCAUUUGGUGCACCAUCAUUAAGGAUAAAUCACCACCCUAUCCCAUUGAUGCCAGUGCAUCCAUCUAUCAGUACAAGGACACACAAAUUUUCCAUCGACUUGAGGAAGAUGGUUUUACCAUGGAAGUACCAUGGAACAAAAUCUCAGUAUUAUUUAACCUGGCUAGGCUAUUCGAGCAGUUAAAUAAAGCUGAAAGCGCAAGCAUUUUAUACCGGUUGAUCUUGUUCAAGUAUCCAGAUUAUAUUGAUGCUUAUCUGAGGCUUGCCGCAAUUGCAAAAGCUCGAAAUAAUGUCCAUAUAAGCCUUGAGCUGAUUGCUGAUGCUCUGAAGGUGGAUGAUAAGUGCCCAAAUGCAUUACUGAUGCUUGGUGACUUGGAGCUAAAAAAUGAUGACUGGGUUAAGGCAAAAGAUACCUUCAAGGCUGCUAAGGACGCAAGUGACGGAAAAGAUUCUUAUGCUACUCUUUGUCUGGGAAACUGGAACUACUUUGCAGCCGUCCGCUCAGAGAAAAGAGCUCCUAAGUUGGAGGCCACUCAUCUAGAAAAAGCCAAGGAAUUGUACACAAAAGUUCUGAGUGAACAUAAAGCGAAUCUUUAUGCUGCCAAUGGUGCUGGAGUGGUCUUGGCAGAAAAAGGUCAAUUUGAUGUUUCAAAGGAUCUUUUUACACAGGUCCAACAAGCUGCAAGUGGAAGCAUCUAUGACGAGAUGCCAGAUGUGCGGAUAAAUGUGGCUCACAUGCAUUUUGCUCAUGGCGAUUUUCCAUUAGCUGUGAAAAUGUAUCAAAAUUGUUUGCGGAAGUUUUACUAUAAUACGGACAGUCAAGUUCUUCUCUACCUAGCUCGUACUCAUUAUGAAGCUGAACAAUGGCAAGACUGCAAAAAGACAUUACUAAGAGCUAUUCACUUGGCACCUUCAAAUUACACAUUGAAAUUUGAUGCUGGUGUUGCAAUGCAAAAGUUCUCAGCAUCAACAUUGCAAAAGCAGAAAAGGACUGUGGAUGAGGUGCGUUCAACUGUGGCGGAGCUUAAGAAUGCUGUUAGAGUAUUCAGUCAGUUGUCUUCAGCUUCAAACCUUCAGUUUCAUGGGUUUGAUGAGAAGAAAAUUGAUACCCAUGUUAAUUACUGCAAGCACUUACUCGAGGCUGCAAAAGUUCACUGUGAGGCAGCUGAGCGUGACGAGCAGCAGAAUAGGCAGAGAAUAGAACUUGCACACCAGGUCUCUUUGGCAGAGGAAGCCCGUCGAAAAGCUGAAGAACAGAGGAAAUUCCAGAUGGAUAGAAGGAAACAAGAAGAUGAAUUCAAGCAAGUGAUGCAACAAGAGAAAAAUUUAGAGCGCAUAAAGGAACAAUGGAAGAGUAUCAGUCCUGCCACUAAGCGGAAGGAUAGGUCGCACUUCGAAGAUGAGGAGGGAGGGCAUAAUGAGAAGAGGAGGAAAAAGGGUGGAAAGAAAAGAAAGAGGGACAAGGGCUCUAAGACACGUUAUGAGACCAACGAAGCCGAAGCUGACAUUGUGGAUGAUCAUGAAGAAUUGGAUGAUGAAGAUGGAAACAUGAAUUACAGGGAUCCCUCUAAUCCGAUGAAUGAUCAAGAAGAUGAAGGGGAAGAAAAUGCCCAGGAUCUACUGGCAGCAGCUGGGCUUGAAGAUUCUGACGCUGAGGAUGAUGUGGCUGCACCUUCCAACAUCAGUCGAAGGAGGCAUGCCUGGUCAGAAUCAGAUGACGAUGAGCCUCAACAGAGGAAGCCACAAUCCAGUCCUAAUGGAGAGCUUUCGGCUGAGAUGCAAUUAAGUGAUGGUGAAAUUGGGGGAGAUGAUGACAAGCUUAAUGCAGAUGCUGUUGCUGCUGAUGAAGACGAAUGAAAACAUGCAUAGGAACUAAUUUAGCAGGAUGAGCUUUGAGGAGAGAGAUGACUCCAAGCUGCUUUUGACAGUGAAGAGGAGAUCAGGUGGGAUGGGGUUACCAGAGACCAUGUACUUGAAGAUGAGAGCUUGGUGCUCAAGUUCUUGCCACUGAGUUGCAGUGAAAGGGAACCUAUUUCUCCCACUCAUCAUAGAAAGCACAGAGAUACUACUACUAACACCUUUGGAAAAUUUCAACUUUCAAACUUCAGAAAGAGAAGAAGUGGGCUGUGCAGUAUGAGCCCUGUGGUAGGUAUAUUUAUUUCAGGGACCAUGGGUUUGCAGAAUCUUCUGUACAUGGAUAAAACUAAUGGUUCUGAUCAUAGUGCUGCACCUGCCACACACACACACACUCUCUCUCUCUCUCUCUCUCCUCUGAGUGGGUACUGUGCUCAUAUUAUGACACUGUUGCUACUGCUGCAACUAUGCUGCCUUUGUGGCAGCUCUUGUCUCUGACAUAUGUUCGGAAACCCAUAAACUAAACUAAUGGAUGACCGUCUUUUACUACAGUGUUUGAUUAGAUUUGAUUUUAGCUUUGGUUAA